ACGCUCUCUUACCACGUGUACAAGACCAAUAGAGGAUUUAUACUGUUUAUUAGCCACAUUGCAUCUUUGGAGGUUGUCCAGAGUUCCUUAGUGAGAUUACUGGAAGGCUUAUUAACUCUGUGUGUUGUGAUUGUCGCACCCAAUCAUGGAUGGACACAUACCCAGAUUGUCACUUAUCUUUAUUUUAUUGGCCCUUUCAGGAUUUAUACUACUCAUUAGAAACAUCAAAUCUCUGGAGGAAUUAAGUGGUCCAUUAAUGUCCACCUUCUACAACAUACAGAGCACCAUCCACUUAGCCUUUAAGUCCUCUCAAAUCCUGCAGCCCCUGACUGUAAACCACAAAUAUUGUGCAGAGUUUGGCCAGAAGCCCACAGCAGAAGAGGCCAAAGAAGAGCAAAAUCUGCUCAGUUCUAUUGCAUGGCCAGGUCCCCUGGUGCAAGGCCUGCCUGUGGAGUUCAGCAGUGACCCUGCCAAUAGCUAUUUUGUGAUUCAGGGACCAGAAGAGCAACACAUAGGUGGUCAGCUUGUGGUUGAUGUCCAUGUGCAGAACUUCUUGGACCUGCCUAAGAAGCAUGGUGGAGAUUUCCUGAUAGCCCGGUUGCAUUCACCUGAGCUGGGAGCUGGAGUUUCAGGGAAGGUGUAUGAUCAUCAAGAUGGGAACUAUACGGUGCUGUUUCCACUGUUGUGGGCUGGAAAAGUAUGGGUGGAAAUCACCAUGGUACACCCGAGUGAGGCAGUGGUGGUACUUAAAAGGUUACAGGAGGAGGAUCCAUAUAGAGUAUUUUUUAAAAGUCUGUUUCGCUCUGGUGCCAUCUCAGAGACAACAUUUUGCAAUCUGUGCCUGCCACUGAACCAACCACUCUGCAACUACACUGAUCUUGAAACUGGAGAGCCAUGGUACUGCUACAAACCAAAGAGGCUCGGCUGUGACACACGAGUUACACAUUAUAAAGAGGACAUAAAGCAAAAACUCAUAACAGAAUAUGAAGAACAGUUCUUCCAGGGUGGUAUAAACCUCAAAUGUCCUAUACAUGCAUCAGAAAGGCGCAGUGUCACUGUAUUACCUGCAGGAGAAGAACAAACACCAGUGAAAAACCAUCACGCUGCUUUUGGAUAUUAUUAUAAUAACUCCUGGAGGCCUUUGAACGCCAUGGAUAUGCACCACUUUAAGGACUCAGCAGCCAUAACUCGUUGUCUUAAAGGGAAGAUUGUACAUAUGCUUGGAGAUUCAACUGUGCGGCAGUGGUUCGAGUACCUCACUGCAUUUGUUCCUAACCUGGAAAGGUUUGAUCUCUACAGUUCAAAAAACAAGGGGCCAUUUCUGGCUGUGGACAGUAAGAACAACAUUAUGGUCAGCUACCGCUCCCAUGGGCCACCCCUUAAUUAUAAUACAGUCUUCACUUCGGACCUGCGCUAUGUUUCUAAUGAGCUGGACCGGAUCGAGGGUGGGCCAAACAUCGUGGUACUUGUGAGUGUGGGGCCCCACUUUAACUCCUUUCCAGUUGAGGUAUAUAUACGGCGACUCCGGUACAUCCGCAGGGCCUUGGUGCGGCUGCUGAAUCGUGAGCCAGCUACUUUAGUGAUGAUCCGCACUAUCAACAUGAGGAAACUGAACCCUGGGAACAGCUUGUCAAACAGUGACUGGUUCUCUGUGCAGCAGAAUGCUGUACUGCGUGCUAUGUUUCAAGGACUUAACAUACAGAUCCUGGAUGCUUGGGAGAUGACAUUGGCCCACCACCUACCCCAUGACAUACAUCCUCCCCCCGCCAUCAUCGAAAAUAUGAUUGAUCUGAUCCUCUCCUGUAUCUGUGGAGUUGAAAAAACAUAGAAGGGUUUCUUGUGGAACAGAUUCUGCCAUGUGCACUCACCAGCCACUUCAUUGAGUACACCUUUGACUUUGUAGCGUAGAUUCAAAUGGGUGCUGGAAAACUUCCUUAGAGAUUUAAGUUAAAUAAAACCUUCUACCUCAGAAGGUACCUUUUUCAGGCCAAGUCAUAGAAGAGGCAGAUGUGUACAGAU